AUGCUGAAUCGGAAAUCUGUGCUGGGGAAGCCCGGCUUCGUCUGUCGGAGCUGUGUACGACAAUAUCAGUAUCAGCUGCGCCGGGCUUCCACUUCAACACAGGAUAAUAUCUAUGAUGUUGUAUGUGUUGGCGGUGGGCCAGCAGGUCUGAGCUUGCUGACAGCUCUUCGGGCCAAUCCUCUAACGGCUGGUCUCCGCGUUGCCCUCAUCGAAGCCCAGGACCUUUCCAAAACCAAGUCGUUCUCACUCCCUUUGACCCAGUUCUCCAACCGGUGUAGUUCUCUUACCCCUGCGUCGGCUCAAUAUCUCGACAAAAUCGGUGCAUGGCGACAUUUACAGCGUGAACGUGUGCAGGGCUACCAGGAGAUGCAGGUUUGGGAUGGAGUGACAGGUGCCCGUAUAGAGUUCGACUGGCCACCCAGUACGACCGGGGACAAGACGAUUGCCUACAUGGCUGAAAAUCUGAACUUGACAUCCGGCCUGCUCAAGAGAUUGCAAGAACUCGGCGGGGUGGACGUCUUUGACAAGACGAAAGUGGAGAGUAUUGAUCUGGGCAAGGAGACCGAAGACUUGGAUCUGAGUGAUUGGCCAGUCGUGCAGCUCUCAAGUGGCCAGUCAUUAGCAGCACGACUUCUUGUUGGCGCAGAUGGGGCAAACAGUCCAGUACGCACAUUCGCCGGUAUCAACAGCCGCGGAUGGGACUAUGGUAGACACGGCGUUGUGGCAACCCUCGAGCUCGAAGGCGAGGGCUGGGGCGGCCAAUUCAACAAGAUUGCGUACCAGCGAUUCUUGCCUACGGGCCCAGUUGCAAUGCUCCCUAUGCCUGGAAAAUACGCUACGUUGGUCUGGUCUACUGCACCUGAGAAGGCGGCUUUGCUCAAGAGUCUGAGCCUCAAAGACUUUAUCGCUAUGGUCAACGCCGCCUUCCGUUUGAGUCCCGUCGACAUUGGUUUCAUGCAUACACAGGAGAACAACCAGGUGGAGGAACUAUCUUGGCGCUUGCAGCACACUCAUGUUGACGCGGAGUCUCUUCCACAGACCGUUGUUGGAGUUCAGGAGGGGAGCAUCGCUUCUUUCCCUCUGAAGAUGCGUCAUGCCGACACAUACACUGGCGAACGCGUCGCACUUGUCGGCGAUGCGGCGCACACUAUUCACCCCUUGGCUGGUCAAGGCUUGAACCAGGGUCAGGCGGAUGUCCAGAGCCUAGCCAAAACGAUUGAGUAUGCUGUCUCCCAUGGUCAGGACCUUGGCACUCAGCUGUCUCUCGAGCCAUACAACAACGAGCGCUAUGCCGCCAACCAUGUCAUUCUUAACGUUUGUGAUAAGCUUCAUAAACUCUACUCUGCUGAGAGUGGUCCUCUUGUGCCGCUUCGUUCAGUUGGUCUUCGGGCUGUCAAUGCUCUCGGCCCCCUGAAGAAUUUCUUUAUGGAGCAGGCUUCUGGGACUGGUACUAAGCUUUUGUAG